AUGAAGGCCGAAGUUGAUUCCUUGAAUAGGAACCAAACCUGGGAGCUGGUGCCAAUAGUCCCAGGAAUGAGGCUGGUUGGCAGCAAAUGGGUCUUCAAGGCCAAGGCAGACCAGACUGGCAAGCUGACCCUCCGUGAUACCCCCUUUUUCUUUCUCCCUCCUCCCGCAGAGCAUUUCCUGUUCCAGCUGAGGCAGGAGUGCCACUUCUCCAACGGGACGCAGCGGAUCCGCUUCCUAGAUAGGUAUUUCUUCGACCGGCAGGAGCUCCUCUACUUCGACAGCGACCGAGGGAAGUUCGUGGCUGUGGCUGAACUGGGGGAGCCCGACGUCGAGAGAGCGAACCAGGACAAGAACUUCCUGCGGAGCAGGAAGGCCGCCGUGGAUCGCUUCUGCCAGCACAACUACGGGAUCUUCGAGCCCCUCUCCCAGGCCCGGCACGCGUGCCUCCCUCCCACAGUCCAGCCCAAGGUGAAGAUCACCCGCUCAGACAGCUAUCCAUCUUCACCACACAACACUCAGCUGACUUGCAAGGUGAGCCGCUUCUUCCCUGCGGGGAUCGAUAUCAAGUGGUUCAAGAACGGGAAGGAGGAGCCCAAAGUGUGGACCAUAGAUCAUGAGAAUGGGGACUGGACCUUCAAUACUGAGCUGAUACUGGAGACAAAUCCAGAACGUGGAGACGUCUACACCUGCCAGGUGGAGCACGCCAGCUUCGAAGGCCCCGUCACAGUGAAAUGGGAGCCACAGUCGGACUCUGCCAGGAGCAAGAUGUGGACGGGGAUUGUGGGGAUUGUGCUGGGGCUGGUCUUUGGGGCCACUGGACUCGCCCUUUACCUGAAGAACAAGAAAGGGCAAACUGUUCCUCAGCCUGCAGGACUCAUCAGUUAGACUUCGCUGCUCCAUCAGGAUCCUGGGAUGUGGAGAAGCUCUGUUCUUCCUGCCAGUUGCCCUCUGUCCUUGCUCAGAGGGUGGAAACCUCCUUGGAAGGUGGAUGGAAGGAGUCACAGAUCAAGAACGACAGUGUCCACCCCUCCCCCACCUCUGUUGCUUGCUUGUCAUUUGGGGAAAGUUUCUUUUUGUCUUUCCCUUUCCGCUUGUUGAUUGCAAGUUAUGGCAACCUGAUUCCUUCUUUGCACCUCUCUGCUAGAGAAUUUGUGCCUUGAAUCUCCCUGGAGGAGCCUGAGCUGUCCCUGAAAACAACCAUGAAUCUGGUCAGACUGCCAGGACUGGUCCUUCAAGCCCUGAUGGGGACCCUGAUCCUUGAGAUUCCUCAUUGCAGGAGGUUGGGCUAGAUGACCUUGGGGUCCCUUCUCUGCGAUUCUG